CCCGCGGGAGGUCGAAGACACUCGCGCUUCCCGCGUCGCGGUCUGGGCCAGAACGGUUGCCCUUUUCCGCGUGGCGCCACGAUCGGGGAUCGAUGCGCGAAGCUGUGAUUCCGUCAGCCGUGCUGGCUCAAGCCGCGGCUCAAGCCGCUGGGCUCCGCGCGAGUAUCGGUAUUCCGUGACCCGCUACUGGACACUGCACUUGGCGCCGCGACUCUGAGCUGUGCAGCGGGCCCGAUGAUGCCGGGCCUGGUGUGCGCGGCGGCCCUGGCGGCGCUGCGCCCCGCGCUGGGGCUGCAGCUGGAGGGCCAACAGGUACCCGAGGCGAUCAACCUCGAGCAGAUCACAACGCUGGCCGGCGACUACGAGGAGGCCGAAGAGGCGGAGCAGAACAGGGAUGCCGCGGGCAACUGCCUCAGGUUCACGGACCCCUCCAAGUCUAAGUGGAACAAGACGACCAUGGGCAUGUGGCACAUCAAGGAGUCACACUUCGUGCAGCAGCCUCCAGAGCCGCUGCCGAAGCCCGGGUCGAAGCCGAAGGUGGCGUACCUGAUGUUCGUGAAGGACAGGGUUGAGAACCCGAAGCUCUGGCUCCGGUGGAUGCGAGAUGCGCGACAGAGCGGCCUGGACUUCAGCCUCAUCAUCCACGCCUACGGAAUCAACAGGCCGUAUGGGCGCUACGUUCCCAGCGAGUUCCCGCAGAAGGAGUUCCUCCAGUACGUGUCGCCCCACUGGCGGCCGUCGAACUGGUGCAUGAUGUGGGACGCGGAGUUCGCUCUUUUCAAGCAGGCCCUCGAGGACCCAGACGUGACGCACAUUCAGAUCCUUUCCCAGGACUCCAUCCCCCUGAAGCCCAUGCGGUACAUGUACCAAGCGCUGGAAGAUGACCCUGUGACCCGCAUGUGCGCGGACGACUACGUCUACAAGCCCUUCCCGCGGGCCGAGACUUGGUGGGUCAUGCGGCGCGGCGACGCCGAGCUUUUCAGGCAGCACGAGGAGCAGGCCAGGAUGAGGUUUCGUGCCCAGUGCUCGGAGGAAGAGGCCUGGUACUACCCGCUCCGUGCUCGGAUGGAGCGUUGGGGCCGGGAGGCAGCGCCAGUGAAGGACGAGUGCGUCAUGUUUACGGACUGGGCGGACGGGAAUCAGUCGUGCAAGGUCUGGGCCGACAUGGUCAAGCUGUGCCCAAACAACUGCAGAGUCACGCGUGCGAUGAGCCACACCGAGUCCGCCACGAAGCAUCCAGUAAUCUUCCACAGCAUCUCCAUUGCAGCCUUCCGGGAGCUCAUGGCGUCCCCCUUCUGGUUUAGCCGCAAGGUCGACGACGGCGCGAUCACGACCCCGAACAGGUUCGCGGCGCUGCUGGAGGAUUUCACGGCCAACCAUACCGAUCCCAGCGUGGGGUACGAGGAGAACACCGAGAUCUCGAGUGAGGAGUUGGUGGAUUUGCCGGACCAGUGAGGGCCCAGCGCGCAGCGAUCGAGGCAGUGUUCUUUGCGGAGAGGUGCGGUCGCCUGCCUCGUCCUCCCCCCCUCGGUCCUCGCCUUCCCGACCGUACGUGUGCGGUGGCUCGGUGCCUGGCGCCUCUCUUCCCUCCUUCUUCUCUUUCUCGCACCGCGCGCUGCCGCUCCCGGGCGCUGAGCGCUGGAGACCGCCAGGGACGCCGCGCGACCGGUUGCCGAGCGACAGAGGCGUAGGCUGGCGGUGAUGGGUGCCAGGUGAGGGCUGCCCUGUCGACGCCCUCAUCUCGCUGCCCUCUGCCCCGCCCAGCGCAGGGUUCAGGAGAGGCUGGGCCACGCUGGCGCUGCUCUCGCUGCCGUGCCAGCGGCCGCUGCCCUCCGGAAGUCGACCACUCUGGUGCGUGAACCGCUGCUUGUGCACCACCCCAUCGUGCGUCGAUCAUUGUUAGUUGUGCGCGCGGGCCCCGUGGCUUUUGAGCGCAACGGCGCGCGUACCCCGACUGCCAAGGUAGUUCGCUG